AUAUGUCAUACCUUAUACUUCUUGUUCUACAGAUAAUAAACUGUGUUUUCGGAUCCUACAAAAAGGGUGUGGUACACUGGGCGGAUGAUUAUGAAUGCGAUGACUUCAAAGUCCUAAACAAUAUGGCAUGGUGGUAUGAUUACAGACCGAAUUUGGAUACCUACUACAAAAACAAGAUUUGUGACACACCCGUCGGUGAUUACAUACAGACAUUUGUCCCUAUGAUAUGGGGUAAAAAAAGCAAUACAAGUAUCCCAGAUAUAGCGAAGUAUCUUUUAGGUUUUAACGAGCCUAACCACAUAAACCAAGCAAAUAUGACUGCAACUGAGGCCGCCAAUUAUUGGGUUUCACAAAUCAAGCCGCUGAAGAUUAACGGUCUACCCAAACUCGCGAGCCCAUCCGCGGCCCCAUGUGGCAAAAAUUGCGUAGAUGACAGAGAUACAUGGUUCAAAGACUUCUUCAACAAAUGUAAAGAUUGUGAAAUUGAUUACCUGGCAACACAUACGUACAUGUGCAAUGCUAACCAAGUUAUGAGGCAUCUGGAGAGAUUGCAUGCCAACUACAGUUUACCGAUUUGGUUGACUGAGUUUGCAUGUGGUGAUGAAACAGACGAAACUUUAAUGCUGAACUUUAUGAAAGAAGUUUUGCCUCGACUAGAAGCGGCUCCCUUUGUUUACAGGUAUUCCUGGUACAAGGCAAGAAUAACUAAAGAUCAUUAUGUUAAAAAAGCGGCCAGUCUUCUCGACCCAUUGAGAACCUCGAAUCUGACCCCUCUUGGCAUCUUCUAUAAUGGAUUCGAAGGGACAGUCCAAGUUGAUGGAGUGUGGGCAGAAUGGAGCGUGUGGAGUGCAUGCGAAGUAUCAUGUGGUGGGGGUCAAACGACACGGUCAAGGCAGUGUGUAUACCCCAAUAAACUGCAAAAAGAUCUUCCGUGUAUUGGGGUUUCUGAUGAAAACAAGAGCUGCAAUACACAGUCUUGUCCAACAACUGACGGUUUAUGGGGACAAUGGGAACAGUGGAGCAUAUGUGGAGUAACAUGUGGAGGAGGUGAAAGAUCAAGGUCAAGGACCUGCAUAUAUUCCGAUCAAGCCAACAAGGGAGAAUCAUGUGAUGGUCUGAGCACAGCCACUGAAACCUGCAACUCCCAAGCAUGUCCAUUUGACGGUGUAUGGGGACAAUGGGAACAGUGGAGCAUAUGUGGAGUAACAUGUGGAGGAGGUGAAAGAUCAAGGUCAAGGACCUGCAUAUAUUCCGAUCAAGCAAAUAAGGGAGAGUCGUGUGAUGGUCUGAGCACAGCCACUGAAAUCUGCAACACCCAAGCAUGUCCAUUGUUCCUAAUAAAAAAACUGCUGUAUGUUCUGUAUCCAGUUGACGGUGUAUGGGGACAAUGGGAACAGUGGAGCAUAUGUGGAGUAACAUGUGGAGGAGGUGAAAGAUCAAGGUCAAGGACCUGCAUAUAUUCCGAUCAAGCUAAUAAGGGAGAAUCGUGUGAUGGUCUGAGCACAGCCACUGAAAUCUGCAACACCCAAGCAUGUCCAUUUGACGGUGUAUGGGGACAAUGGGAACAGUGGAGCACAUGUGGAGUAACAUGUGGAGGAGGUGAAAGAUCAAGGUCAAGGACCUGCAUAUAUUCCGAUCAAGCCAAUAAGGGAGAACCAUGUAAUGGUCUGAGCACAGCCACUGAAACCUGCAACUCCCAAGCAUGUCCAGCUGAUGGUAUGUGGGGUGAUUGGUCAAUAUGGUCACAAUGCUCUGUGAACUGUGGGCAAGGUAUUAGAAAAAGAACGCGCACCUGCUUGAGUUUUAGCAACAGCUGCGAUGGUCCUGAGGAGCAGAGUAAAAAGUGUGCCGGUGUUAAUUGCAGAGUUACAGUGGAUGGAACAUGGAAACAAUGGUCGCAUUGGUCAUCGUGUUCUAAGACAUGUGGUGUAGGCAUCAUGACACGAACACGGAUCUGUUGGUGGCCGACCAACGUUAUAAAUGGAAAGGACUGUUAUGGAAGUAAAAGAGAGACAAAACCCUGCCCAAACAGAUCCUGCUAAAAAGACAAAGAAAAGCAUAUACACUGAUUGUUCAAGAUAGUGUCGUUACAUGUGUUGUUUCCUGAUAGAUUAAAAU